GCGUUACGGAAGCGGAAGUGCCUUAAAAAACAUUUGAGAGGCGCUUCCGGUUCCUGUAAUGGCGCCCGCCACGGUGUCUCGGCGGUUCGGUGACUCGCGUUGAUCGCGAAGGCAGCGAAGGCUUCAAAACAUGAUCGCCACUUCACCACGCAGCCGAAUCUCUCGAAAUUCCAGGUACUAAUUAACGACGAAGGGUUCUGAGCCAAAAUGUGCAAUGUUCCAGACUGUGUAAGAUAACCAUGGAUCGGUUACCGACACACUACAGGCAUGGGGAGCCCAGCUCCCAAGUCAUCUACCACUCUUCGAGGCUCAAAGGAUACACAGCAGCCCUGAUCCUCUGCAAAUGCAUCUUAGCUUAUUCCUAUUCCGUUUCGUUCGACGUAUUAAAUUAUCUUCACGUUGUACAGUUUCUCUUCAUCUCCCGGAUAAUUGCAUCGGCGGGGCUCGUACUUAUACAGAAGCCUUUCUCGUCGGGGGCGAGACUCACCCGCAAUCAGUGGUUUCGAGUGGUUCGUCAUGCAGUCGUCAACUCUGCACUCACCCUGCUCUCCCUGUUUGGCCUCACGCUCUGUGGGCCUCUGAGGACAGUCCUGCUGACUCAGCACACAGAUCUCGUCAUGGUUGUGGGCAUCAGAGCACUCUUCACGAGCGCUGGGGGCCAUUCUAAAUUCAGGGGAGCUGUCUGCUUCAUUCUGGGAGUGUUUGCUCUGCUGUUUCUGGACUUCGACGAUAGUCAAGCAGUCCCGACGGAACACCCGGAAGGCUAUCUUCACCAUGGCCUAAGCCAUGGCUUCUACAUGAUGGCAUCAUGGCUUGGACUGCCUGACCAUAAGGGCGGAGUUCUGCUGCUGGUGCUGACGCUGUGUCUACAGACGGGCUUCAGGACUCUCUCGAGAACGCUGGCGGUGGACAUCGGGGGUGCCAAGCGGCUGAACGCUCUCUCCAGCGUGAUAUCCAUGGUGGCCCUGGCACCCCUGGCUCUCGUCCUCCAGUUCUCCACGUCGGCCGGCAAGGACCACGUGUCUGCCGUCCCCUUCCUGCCGCCCAUGGCCUUCUCGGGCAUCGUCCUGUUCGUCCUGGACUACUACGUGGAGUCCGUGUGCCAGGCCCGGCUGGGGCCGCAGGCUUCGGCCAAGCUCGGGUCUCUGACGGUGUUCUCGGCGGCGUUGGCGCUCGCCCUCGCGUGGAGAGGGCACGCGUUGGGCCUUCCCAACUACUGGGGGAGUCCGACCCCCGAACAGCACCUCCUGUCGGGGGGUCUGGUCUUCGCCUGGCUCAUGUUUGUACUGGCGACAGUCGUGCUGAGCUCUCCAGACCAGAAAGGCUCCAAGGGUACCCUCGUGGGCUUCUCGAGUGGCGGCCACCCCCUGUACAACUUCAACGGAGAUGCGCUCCAGAGGGGCUCCGGCUACUCCUUCCUGCACCUGCUCAAGCUGGGCCUGACGCAGAUCAUGAAGGAGUCUGACUCCAGGAGGAUCUUCUACUUCCUCUGCAUCAACCUGCUGUUCACAGGGGUGGAGCUCCUCUACGGGAUGUGGACCAACUCGCUGGGGCUCAUCUCAGACGGCUUCCACAUGCUGUUCGACUGCUCCGCACUCGUCAUGGGCCUGGCUGCUUCCCUGCUCGCCAGACGAGCCGCCUCUCGCACCUUUCCCUUCGGCUAUGGAAGGGUGGAGGUGCUGUCCGGGUUCAUGAAUGGACUGUUCCUCGUUGUGAUUGCCCUGAUGGUGUUCAGCGAAGCAGUCACCAGGCUCUUUGACCCUCCUCAAGUGAAGACCGAACGCCUUUUGACUGUGUCAGUGGCUGGGCUUCUUGUGAACCUGGUAGGAAUUUUCGCCUUCCGGCACACGCACAGUCACGGCGGCGGCAGCAGUCAUGCCCACGCUCACAACCACGGCCAUAGUAGCCACAGCCAUGGCCACACUCACAACCAUGGGCACAGCCACGCUGCUGGCAGGAAUGCAAACCUUCAAGGAGUGUUCCUGCACAUAGUGGCGGACACCCUGGGCAGCGUGGGCGUGAUCGUGUCGUCGCUGCUCAUCGACCAGUUUGGUCUGCUGAUUGCGGACCCCGUGUGCUCCCUCUUCAUCGCCGUGCUCAUCUUCCUGAGCGUGCUGCCCCUCCUCAAGCACUCCUCCCUGAUCCUGGUGCUCAGGUGUCCUCUGGAGCUGCAGGACAAGCAGCUGACCACUGCACUUGCCAAGGUUGUGAAGGUGGACGGUGUGAUAUCUUAUCAGAACGAACAUUUCUGGUAUCACACGAGUGAGGUUUUGGCUGGGUCCAUUCACGUUCAAGUGACCAAGGAUGCCAAUGCCCAGAAAGUGCUGAGUCAGGUGACGGCCAUUUUCAAGGAACUGGGUUUCCACUACUUCACGGUGCAAAUCGAGAAGGAGGACUUCUUCCAGCACAUGUCCGGCCUUCGUGCGAGCUCGGCGUACUACAACAAUGUGCUGCUUAGGUCCGCUGCACAUCAGCCUACCGCCAACGGUGCCUUAUCCGUGUGCAUUGUCAAAGCCGUCUGAUGACGGUGCAAGACGGUGCUGCCAGCCUGUGCGUCGUCAGAACUCCAUAGUAAACCAUUUUUGUACAGUGUGUGACUGCGGGGGAAGUUAUAUGUAGUUGCACUAAUAAACAAUGCUGUGUGAACUUUCUA